GGCGCAGGGGCUGGGGCUUCUCCAGGCAGAAGACAGUGAGGCGGCAACGACUCGUUCCAAGGCUAACCCUGGGGUUCCAAGGAGCUCGAAGUCCGAAGUCCAGUCUGCCAGGUACUGAGGCUUGAAGGCUACUUAGAACACUGCUAAGUGGAUCCAGGUCUUACAACCUCCGCGAAGGUUUCCAUCUUGCUGGAUUUUCAGAUUCCUAGUCCAGACUGCGGCAGGUGCACGGUCCCGGCCUUGGGCCCUCCCGUACUCAAUACCACCCCCACCCAUCCCCGCCCCGUCCACCCACCCUGCCCCGCCCCCCGCUGGCUCCGCCCCUAGUCCCCGUCCCGCCCCCGUCUCGGCCACGCCCCCGCCGGAAGCACUCGCGCGCCCCGGGGCCAGCGGCGCACCGGGGUCCAGCGCUCUGGGCUGCGCUGCGUCUGUGUGCCGCGGUCUGUGGCCCUUCUCCGCAUGGAUCCCGCAGAGCGCGCGCAGGCGGCGCGAGCUCGGGUGCCCAGGAUCGAUCCGUACGGAUUUGAAAGGCCCGAAGACUUUGAUUAUGCGGCUUAUGAAGAAUUCUUUUCCACGUACCUAGUGAUACUCACCAAGAGAGCGAUCAAAUGGUCCAAACUUCUAAAGGGAAACGGUGGUGUCCGAAAAAGCGUGACAGUGAAGCGCUAUGUCCGGAAGGGAAUCCCCCUGGAGCACCGGGCCCGAGUCUGGAUGGCUGUGAGUGGAGCCCAGGCCCAGAUGGACCAGAACCCUGGAUACUACCACCAACUGCUCGAGGGAGAGGGGAGCCCCAGCCUGGAGGAAGCCAUCAGGACAGACCUGAACCGGACUUUCCCUGACAACGUGAGGUUCCGGAAGACGGCGGAGCCUUGUCUUCAGAAGACCCUGUACAAUGUGCUGCUGGCCUAUGGACUGCACAACCAAGCUGUGGGGUACUGCCAGGGAAUGAACUUCAUAGCGGGGUAUCUGAUCCUUAUCACUAAGAAUGAAGAGGAGUCUUUUUGGCUCUUAGAUGCUCUUGUUGGAAGAAUACUACCUGAUUACUACAGCCCAGCAAUGCUGGGGCUAAAGACGGAUCAGGAGGUCCUGGCAGAGCUGGUGAGGAUGAAGCUACCAGCGGUGGCAGCCCUGAUGGAUGGCCAUGGUGUGUUGUGGACCCUGCUGGUGUCCCGCUGGUUCAUCUGCCUGUUUGUGGACAUCCUGCCUGUGGAGACUGUGCUACGAAUCUGGGAUUGUUUGUUCAAUGAAGGCUCCAAAAUCAUCUUCCGGGUUGCUCUGACCUUAAUUAAGCAACACCAGGAAUUUAUAUUGGAAGCCAGCAGUGUUCCAGACAUCUGUGAUAAGUUCAAGCAGAUCACGAAAGGGGACUUUGUGACGGAGUGUCACACAUUCAUGCAGAAAAUAUUUUCAGAACCAGGAAGCCUGUCCAUGACGACCAUCACCAGGCUCCGAGAGAGUUGCAGAGCUGCACUGCAGGCACAGAGCUGAGUGUAGUGGCACCCUCUGCCACUGCUGCUGCAACUGUUCCACAGCACACUUCACAAAUUCCUACCACAUCGUUCCUGUUGUAAAUACUUGAAAUCAUGACACUUUCAAUGUGAACUUUAAAAGAGUAACUUAAAAUUAUAGUGCUCCACACUUUUGUCCA